AUAUUGAAUUUUGUUGUGCUUCGGUAGAAAACAUUGUGAGCACGUGGAUUGUUGGAAUUUAAUUUAUUGAGUGAAAUUUAUAAGUAAUUUAUAAAAGUUAUCUUGUUUUUUGACCUUUUUAAUUUCUUAAUUAGGAAGUGUCCCUAUUCUUUGUUGGAUAUUAAAUUUGUUUGUAAAAGUGGCUUAUUACAAUGGCACCUUGUCGCCAUUUACUUAUGUGGUCAGUCCCAUCAAUAGCAGUUCUGCUAGGUAUUUUUUGGUUCAAGAAAAAGCGAGAAUACGCAAAAUCUGACCCAGGUGGAAGAGAAAGAAUAAAAAGUUUAAAAGAAGAGCUUGCAGAAGCUUUAAGUGCUGAAGCUGAACUCAUUCAAGCCUCUCCUCUUGGCAAAAUUGAGCGCUCUGUAAUUAAAUCAGCACCCAUAGACAUAAUCCUUAAUGGAAGUGGUUCCCAGCGAUCCUCUCCCCUUGAAAUGACUGAUGAGGAAAUUGAUUUAGAGAUUGAAAAAAUUUCAAGAAAAAAAUCUCUUGAUAAAGAAAAGAGAAUGUCUUUGAAUCCAGAAAGCAACAUGGAUCAAUACUGUUCUCAAAAUUCAGUAAUUGUUACAGCUUCUAAGGCUACUGUAUGUCUGUCUUUCAAAUCUGAGCUUAGUUGCAACAGAAAUGAAGACAACAUCAGCUGUCAAAAUACAGAUGAGGACAAUGUCAAUAUACAUGUAAAUGAAAAUAUAAAUGUUGAUUCUGUGACAUUACAGGCAGACAGCACAAAAUGUGAUGUUCUGUCUGAAGACAGAUUUGAGGAGAGCAUUGUAACUGAUGAAGAAUUACCUGUUAAUAAUGAUGUAGUUGAGGAAUCUGAUAAUAUUGAGCCUAGUGAGAGUGGCAACCGAUUUUCAGCUUCACAGAAUAGGACAAUUUCAGAAAGAGACUCUGCUAACCACAGCCCUGUGGAUCCUAUGUUAGCUAGCCCUUCUACAUGUAAUUUUUCAGAUAGUCAUAGUGAAGGUUCCAGUGAUAGUGGUAAAGGAUGCUCAGAAGCAGCCAGUCCACCUCCUGCAAAUAUAAACAUGAGAAUACACCAGUUUGUAAUACCACAGACACUGGUUGGUCUAUUAAUAGGAAAAUAUGGUUCAUUUGUUACUAAAAUUAAAGCACAAACUGGUGCCACAGUUUAUGUCAGAAAACAUCCAGAUUUAUCCAAACAAAAAAUUUGUGCAAUUGAAGGUACUCAAGGUGAAAUUGAAGCUGCUUUAGAGAUGAUAAAUGAUAAAUUCCCUGAGAAGCGAUUCCCAAACUUUUCUACACAAGAAAUUAGUGCAGAAUUAUAUCAAAGACUGACUCCUUUAGUACCAGAGUUUCUUCAAUUGCAGCUGGUGGAAUCAGUGAACAAUGACACGAUAAUGACGUGCCUGGUGAGUGCGGGGCACUUCUUCCUACAGCAGCCUCUGCACCCCACUUUCCCCUCACUGCACGCCCUGCAUCGCCUCAUGGCCGAAACCUAUCAGAAUCCGGACGUGCCGGCGUUGCCGCGCCCGGUGAAAGAGGGCUCAAUAUGUGCCGCCCCAACGGAAAACAACUGGUACCGCGCACAAGUCAUAUCAACAUCGGAGGAGAAUGACACGUCUGUCGUGAAGCUGGUUGACUUUGGAGGCUACCUCACUGUUGACAACGACCAACUCAAGCAGAUCCGGUCCGAUUUCAUGACACUUCCCUUCCAGGCGACUGAAGCGCUUCUAGCGUUUGUCAAACCAGCUAACAAUGAGGCGGAGUGGAGCGGCGAGGCGCUGCGCAUCAUGGCGGGGCUCACCGCGGGGCAGCUGUUGCACGCGCAGGUGGCGGGCUACGACGAGGCGGGCCUGCCGCUCGUGCACCUCUACCUCACGCUCAACCCCCAGCAAGUAAUAUUCCUAAAUAGAGAGUUGGUGGACCGCGGGCUGGCCGAGUGGGACGUCCCGCCAGACUCGUGAACACGCCGCCCAAAGCGCGGACCCCCGAUCUCGCGCCGACCGAUAAAUAAUAUGAGAUUGCGCGCCUCUCACACAGUGUCACCAUCCUUCCUCAUACAAGCGAGGUGAAGCGAUCCCAUAUUAUGAGUCGCGUAUAUCUUCUACGUUCCUUGGAUAUAUUGGCACUCGUAGCUGAUUAAGUUUGUAAACGUUUGGUGACUUGUGUUUUGGACGUACCUAUUUGAAAUGAAAUAAAAAAACGUCAUUUCGAACAGUUUAUAUUUUAAUUGUUGACUUAGAUGCGUACCAAUGCUGACUAGUUAUAACAUUUUUACCAGUUCAUGUUUAUAUGAACAAAUAUACUUUAAAAUUAUAUGUUAUAUAAGAAUGUAGUUCGCGGUAUUCGCCCCGCGUCACGUACUCCGUAAUCUUUGUUUUCAAAAAUGGGUCUCAAAACUCUCAUCUAGACAGAACUGAUUAUUGGCAAAUAAUAAAGAUUGCGAUAGGAAUCGACCCGAUCCAGUACUAAUAAGACGCUUGGCUUUACUUCGUAUCUGAACUUCCACAAAUUACACAUUUAAAAUUCAAUACGCUUACAAUUGAACUAUAACUAGAGGUUGUUAAUAGAAACGACAAAAUUAAGAAAUAUACUUUUACGUAGAUGGACUUGUAGUUAUAAUUUGGCGCUUGUGUAAGUUAAUCAUAAUAUUGCGUUUUUAGCCACCCGUUUUGGUAGUAAUCUUGUUAAGAGUUGGUCAGGAUGCUCAUUAUAAUACAAUAACAAAGCACUGCCGUCAGCAUUUUACAUAAACAUUUUACCUUAGAAGUUUUCUUUUUAUUUUUCGCAGUGCCAAUAGCAAUCGUACAUAAUAUAACAAAUUUUUAUAAUAAAUAAUUGUACUGAAUUCUGGAUUUCGCCUUUCUAAUUGUGGCCUUUUAAAAUACACUAUUCUUCCCCUAAAUCUUGCUAUGAUAUGUGUAUAUGAUGUAUUGUAUAAUAAAUUAUUGUACUGCCUGCAUUUUGCAAACAGAAGGUUGUAAAUCUAAAUGUGACAAAUUAAUCUUGUCACGUGCAUAACUCUUAAUGUGUAAUUAUUGUUAAAUAUUUUGUAAAAUAUCAGAGUACAAUUUAGUAUUGUGUGAUUGCUUUGAAUGGUGUUUAAAAAUAUAUUUGGUAUGAAAAAGAUGAUUGAAAGUUUUUGAAGCUUUUAAGCUGCCACCAGUUUUGUCGCCUAAACUGAAUUGUUCCAAAGUAUCAUAAAAGUUACAUAUAUAAUAUUUUAGAAACAGAAGUAAGCUCUAGAGUUAGGGAUUACUUUAAAAAUGUUUGCGAAAAUUUGAGAAAGGUAUGCAUUAUGCGAAUCAAUUUAUAUGUGAAAAUAAAAACUGGAAAUUUAAUUCAAACAAAAUCCUCAUUUCAAAAUACAUAGUUGCCGCAUUGUGUCCAAAAACCAGUGAAAACGCCGCGCGCACAUCUCACUUUACACUCGCGAAAUGUUGCUAGGUCACAAUUUUUACCCAUUUUAUGGUGAACGUGGAGAACAGAGGUAAAACAAUUACUGUCAACUGCUAAAUGGUAUGAAGUGACUAACCUUUUUUUCGAGUAACCAAUCUAAACUGGAGUGGUUUUGUGUACAGAGUUUCUGUAUGUUCUUAAUUAUAUGAGUUGCCGCUAACAUCACGUUUGUCGGGAUUCUUACGAUAAUAGUUGUAAGCAAUGGUUAGGUUAGGUUUGAAACUUCGUAAUAUGGUAUUCUAACUAUUAUAGAGCGGGUCUUUGGUGGGUCGUUUUAGUUUCCAUUUUAAUAAAUAAAAUAUAUGUUAAAUAACACAAACAGUGUUCAACUUUGACACUUUUUUAUUCGCAAUAUUCCGAUAUCAAUUUUAUUUACACAGAUUCUACGUUUAUAAAAAACCAAUAACAGAUGACCGGCUAGCAGGUUUACUUUUUGUAACUUAUGAUGGAGAUACCAUAUUUUAAACGUUCAUCUUAGAUGCAAUAUUUACUAUUUUCUUUCUGAUCAAUAUUAUAAAAAUAAAAUUCAUACAAAUUCUGUUCAGGCGGCUUAACGAUUUACAAAUAUUAUGAAAUUAUUGAUAUAAUAUUAAUUUAAUACUGCUGAUUGAGGUUGAGUAAAUGGAAAAUCUUUAUUGUUAUAAUGAGCAUGUCGAUAUUCCUGACUUUAGUAUAAUAAUGUAAAUAAUAGAACGUUUAAGUAGAUACUAAAACAAUUUGAUAUAUUUGUGUUCUUAAAAUUUAUUCAGUAUUUUUAGUACGUUUGAGAAAUGACGUGUUUGUUUGUAUUUUGAGUUUGUAUACGUAUUACGUAGUAGACUUGGCAGGCUAUUGAUAACUUAGACGAUUUUGAUUUUUGUAGUUUUAGGAGCGUUUCGACGAUACGCUGCAAUUUCAGAUACAUUAUUAUUAAAAUCCUAAGUUGAGGUUGAUCACUCCCAGAGUUUGCGCAUUGAAUUGCUGAUACCAGAGUGUGAAUUGAUUUGUAGCUGGCUCUCCGUUUGCAUUUUGUUGACGUCCUUACUGUAUAUAACUAAUAUAUUUGCGGUUAAAUCAAUAAAUUAUCGUUUUAAAAAUG